CAGUGAAACACAUGCAGAGGGCUCUGAAUAACAUUUAAGGAAAGGGGGGAAUCAAAAAUACUCCUGACAGACUGUUACUCUGCUUCAAGGACGUGCAAGGGCUGCUGGAGUUCUUUGAUGCUCAAGGUGAGCACCGACGAUCAGCGAGGAAUUAGUGGUGCCAGAAACCCUCUCACAGUUCGCUGGCAGCAGCACGGCCUGUGCUGCCUUCAGGAUGAGGUUGUCAAUCGGUCCCGCCUUGGUGCUUUCAGUCACAAGCUGGCUAACAGACUGGGCAGGGGUCCAAAGCGCCAUUGGAGAAUUUGGCCCAGUAUUUCAAGAGCAGCCAAAGAAUACCUUGUAUCCUGAAGGAUCAACUGAAAGGAAGGUGGUGUUGAACUGUCACGUGCGUGCCAGCCCGCCUGCUACAUACAGGUGGAAGGUGAAUGGGACGAACAUUAACAUCGAAGGCAAUGACCGUUACAGCUUGGUUGGAGGAAAUCUAGUGAUCAGUAACCCAACACGGUCCAAAGAUCCUGGGUCCUAUCAGUGUCUGGCAACAAACAGAAUUGGGACAGUCAUCAGCAAAGAAGCCUUCCUACGCUUUGGUUAUCUUUCCCAGUUUUCAACAGAGGAGCGGGAUCUUAUAAAGGUACAGGAAGGGGCAGGAGUCGUUCUACCUUGCAACCCAUCCCCACAUUAUCCAGGUCCUUCUUAUCGUUGGUUUAUCGGUGAAAUCCCAAACUUCAUUAUACCGGAUGACCGGCGCUUCAUCUCACAAGUGACAGGGAACUUCUACAUCGCCAGAAUAAAGACUUCAGACACAGGGGCUUAUUCCUGCUAUCUCACCAGCCACAUUGACUAUGCUACAACCAGUGUUUUCAGCAAGUCCAUUUCUCUGGCUGUGCAGUCUGUAGCCGGUGAUGCUCGGACUCACUCUCCACACAUUCGAAUAAAAUUUCCCUCAGAAACCUAUGCCCUGGCUGGACAGUCCUUGAAUCUGGAGUGCUUUGCCUUUGGAAAUCCAGUGCCCAAAAUUAAAUGGAAGAAGCUGGAUGGACCAAUGCCCUCAAAGAUUUUGAAAUCUGUACACAAGCCCAUCCUUCACAUACCAGAUGUACAGUUUGAGGAUGAAGGCGUCUAUGAAUGUGAGGCAGAAAACUCAAAAGGAAAGGACUCAACACAGGGGAGAAUUAUCGUUCAUGCUCAGCCAGAUUGGCUCCAAAUCAUCAGCGACACAGAGGCUGAUAUCGGCUCCGUCCUGUGGUGGAAAUGUGCUGCCGCCGGGAAGCCCCGGCCUACCUGUAGGUGGCUGAGGAAUGGCUUGCCAUUAACAUCUAAGAGCCGCUUUGAAGUCAAUAAUUGCGCGUUGAAGAUCUCAAGACUGGCUCUGGACGAUUCGGGAAUGUACCAGUGCGUUGCUGAAAACAAACACGGAACUAUCUAUGCGAACGCAGAGUUGAAAGUAGAAGCUUUUUAUCCGGAUUUUCAAGCGAACCCAGUGAGAAGGCUCAUUCCAGCAGCCCGUGGAGGAGAGGUGACGAUUGAGUGCAGGCCACGGUCCGCACCAAAACCAAGCAUCGUUUGGAGCAAAGGAACAGAAAUUCUCUCCAACAACAGCAGAGUGACCAUCACCGCGGAUGGCACCUUGAGGAUUAGGAACAUAAGCCGAACAGAUGAAGGAAGGUACACCUGCUUUGCGGAGAAUUCUCUGGGAAAAGCGAACAGCACCGGCACCGUGUCAGUCAGAGAUGCCACUAAAAUCACUCUGGCCCCAUCCAAUGCUGACAUCAACCUCGGAGAAGACGUUAUUCUGCAGUGCCAUGCAAGUCACGAUCCCGCCAUGGACCUCACAUUCACCUGGUCAGUGAAUGAAUCACCUAUCGACUUUGACGCUUUACGGGACCACUACCAACGUGUUUCCACGCGGGAAACUAUUGGAGACCUCAAGAUAACCAACGUACAGUUGAAACACGCCGGAAGAUACACGUGCACAGCCCAAACUGUAGUAGAUGGCGCCUCAGCAUCUGCAUUACUGGUGGUGAGAGGUCCACCAGGUCCUCCUGGUGGUGUUGUGGUGAAGGAAAUCAAUGAUACAGCUGUGUUGCUAAGCUGGAGCAGAGGCUACGACAACCACAGCCCAAUCGGCAGGUACAUAAUACAAGCCAGGACACCGCUAUCUGAGGAGUGGAAGAGUGUCAGGACAGCUCCACAGCACAUAGAAGGCAACCUGGAGUCAGCCUGGGUGAUCAACCUCAUCCCAUGGAUGGAUUAUGAAUUCCGAGUCAUAGCCAGCAACAUCUUGGGGACCGGUGAACCCAGCCUGCCCUCACAGACUAUACGCACCAAAGAAGCAGCUCCCACUGUGGCUCCGUCCAACAUUAGUGGGGGAGGUGGAGAUCAGCAUGAGGUGACAAUCCUGUGGGCGCCCGUGCCUCGUGAGUACCAGAACGGUGAAGGCUUCGGUUACAUCAUUACCUUUCGAAAGGAGGGAACAAAAGAGUGGAAAAAUGCUGAAGUCCUCGGUGCGGAAUCCUCCAGAUACGUUUACCAGAAUAACACCAUCGCACCGUAUAGCCGGUUCGAGGUGAAGGUGAAGGCGUUCAACAACAAGGGACAGGGUCCAUACAGCCAGAUCAUAGUUGUCUACUCUGCAGAAGAAGAGCCUAGCGUUGCCCCUUCUGAGGUCAAAGCCAUCAGCAUCUCGUCCUCCGAAAUUGAGGUUAGCUGGAAGCCAGUCGGUCAGGUCACGAUGAAUGGUAUACUGCUGGGCUAUGAGAUCAGGUAUUGGAGAGGGAAUGAUAAGGAGGAGUCGGCAGAUCGAGUGCGGACCCCGGGUCUAGAAACCACAGCCCGGGUCAGUGGCCUGAAACCCAGUACACUGUACCAUGUGGAGGUGAGAGCCUACAACAGCGCAGGGAGUGGACCCUCCAGCCGGUCUACCACCGUCGUCACCAGGAAAGCCCCUCCAAACCGGCCACCAAGUAAAAUCACUUGGAAGGCACACGGCUCCUGGGUCAAGAUUAAAUGGGACCACGUCAAGGCCUUUGAGAAUGAAUCGACUGUGGAUGGAUACAAGGUGCUGUACAAGCCUGAAGACGAGUCAUCCAUCAAAGUCACAGAAACCAGCAAAAACUCUGUGCAGCUGCCAUUCUCUGAGGAUCUGAGCUACCUGGUGGUGAUCCGAGCAUCAGGGGAGGGAGGGGAUGGAGCAGCUGCGAAAAUCAGGAUAUCUAAAGGCUCAGGUACCAGCAUGAUGGUGAAUGACUCAGGGGUGCAAGUCCUCCACAACGUUCUCUUCACUGCCAUACUAACACUUAUUACUAUUGGCUGCCUGGAACUCUGACUGCAACCACUCACCUGAAUCGUUGCUGCACGCCAUUUUCCAAUGAAGGAUGAGUCAUCCAACACCAAACUGUUUAUAGUAUUAAAAAAUGUGACAUUUGUCUUACAAUUUUAGGUAGAAACUUUCAUACAUUUGUUGAAUGGGGGUAAGAAACAUAAAAAUUUUGUAAAAAAAAAAUGGGAAACAUCAACAAUAAGAUUUCAUAAUCUGUUUGAUUUGGAGGUUGUAACCUGGGGGAGUUAAAUUGGACAAUAAUAUACCAGAGACUGAGCUGUAUAGAACAAUCUUUCCUUUUAUAUGCAAAGUGUUGUACAUUUGUAGAUACAAUGCCUAAUCCAGACAGGAGAUUUUGGCUACAUGGUUUCCAAGGUCCAAGAAGGUAUUGUGAUGUACCAGCUUCUCUGUGGAACUUGUCCCUUUUGCACAGUUUCACCUCUCACAUCUUUUGGUUCUGGCUCUUGGAUCUUGAAAGUUCCUGAAUUUCUCUUCCUAAUCACUUGAACAAGGAACCUACCCAAAUGACAAUUCCUUCCGAAUUACCCUGACCCCUCCCAACCUCAGAACCACUGUCACAUGAGCUUUCCUGCUCGACCCAAUGUGAUGCUUCCUAUGGUUGUCAUGGUGAUCCUCAGUGGAAGACAUGCAUGGGUGAACAGAUUAAGCUGGGUUUGGUCUCUAACGGAGUGUUUUCUGUGAGUUGGUCCACGCUUACUGUUUGAUGAGGUCUCUGUGAUCCUCAUCAGGAUUAACAGUCCGAGUGUGCACAAAGUUAGAUGAGGUUUACCAUUUUUGACUGAGGCAGCUGAUGGGAGUUAAGGUGCAGAUCAUCCCAUGAUCUAAAUUAACAGGGGAAACCUGUGGGGCUGAAUGGCCUACACCUGCUCCCAGUUAUCAUAAAGCCUGACUCAAAAAUUUGAGAGGGAGAGGUCACGGAACUCAGGAUAUUAAUUAAUCAAAUACCCUUAGAAGCCAUCUACAGUUCAAGGAAAUUGUGAUCAUUACCUGUUCAGCCCUUUCUGUGAAGACAAGCAAUGUUGCAAGUUUCUAAGUAAAUUUAAGUUCACUUAAAAAAAAAGAGAAAAAAACAAGCAUGUAUAGUUUGCAAACAACAGGAAUUCUGCAGAUGCUGGAAAUUCAAGCAACACACAUCAAA